UACGUGAACCACCCUACGGCGACGAGUAGUCCAGCGAUCCUCUCGCUCAUAACCACCUGCAUGGGAUUCGAAUCUGCGAGGCCACCCAGAGCAAUCAGAGGUGCGAGCACGCGGAACCACAACGCCGCGCCUUAAAAAUUGAAUAUUUUUUGUAUCUGAAAUGUGUUGUUUUCAGUAAUAAAAGAAAGUGUUGCUGUGAAAAUGUAUCUGGUUACGUCAUUGCCAUUUUUCAGAUGCCCACUCGCCACCGCUAAAUCAGUCAGCUGGCCGUGUGGUUGGUCACGUUUCUUUGGGUGUUUCCCCUUUUUUAAGUAGGUGAUUUCCGAAUAAUGAUUCAGUUUCGUAAGUUUCCAUAAUCUCGUAAGCGGGAUUGUCAUCGCUAGGCUGUACGUGUACUUUGAGGAGUAAUCUAUUUAAAAAAAAAAUUGAAAAACAACAUUACACAAAAAACAUAUCCCAAGAAAGUGGCUUAUAAGAUUCAGGUGCACUAGAAUUGUCAGUCCUGUUCUUAGAACAACAUGUCACCAGACUGCCAGACAGUUCUGCAAAAAUACUGCAAUUACCAUACAGAGUUCAGGAGUUUGGUUCUAGCAUUUUUAUGGGUGAUAGAGUUCUGGAGUUUGCAUGAUUUAAGAUCGUUUUUGUUUACAUCACUUCUACUCAAAAUUAAAUGAGUUGAGUGUAAUGUGAAAUUUAUAAUCCUUAACCUAUGUCUGUAUGUACAGUCAGUGAAUUCAUGUAUUACAAAUAUAAAACAACUUAAAUUGAUAAUGGGUAAACCAAAACAGUUCAAACUUAUCCUCAAUGACGAAAAAACAGUUUAUUUCCCAGGUAAUAUGAUCAGUGGCCAACUGGUCAUAGAACUUGACAAUCCUAUGAAAAUGGAAGCAAUCGCAAUCAAAUUUAUUGGUCAAGCCUAUGUGCAUUGGACCGGACAGCAAUCAUCAGGAGGACCUUCUGCCAUUGAGAACUUAUUUUAUCAUGAAGAUAUUGUACCUGGAAAAUCAGAUGACAACCAGACAUCCCUUGCUAAAGGGCAUCAUGUUUUUCCGUUUCAAUAUAAACUUCCAGAACCACUACCAUCAUCAUAUGAAGACUUGAUUGGAUAUAUUCGAUAUUUUGUGAAAGCAACAAUUGUAAAACCUGGAACUUUUGAUCAAAACACAGUUCGUGCUUUUACAAUUCUUGAUUCUUUGGAUCUCAAUGCUAUUCCUGAUGCUAUGAGGCCUUGUGGAGGUCAAGAAUCGAAACAACUUUGUUACUUGUGUUGUAAAAGUGGACCAAUUGAAAUGGAAUUUCACACAGACAGAUCUGGUUAUGUACCUGGUGAAUACAUAUUACUCAACGGGACAAUCACAAAUUCCAGUAACACAAAAGUGGAGGGAUCUUCUGUUCAGUUGAUAAAGAGAGUGACAUAUCAUGCAAUGUAUAAUUCCAAAAUUGUAAUAUUAGAAGUUGCAAGGAUAAAUGGACCUCCUGUUCCAAAACAUGGAAGCAUAACAUGGACGAAUGAACGAUUACGUAUCCCACCUCUACCACCAUCCGAAAUAAAUCACUGCAAGAUCAUUGACAUUGUUUAUUUUGUUCAGUUUCAAGCUCAUCUCAGGUCAUUUGCCACUGAUCCUCGUAUCAACUGCAGAAUAACGAUAGGCACGAUUCCUUUGCGAAAUCUUCCAUUAUACAGAAAUGCUGGUACAUCUGAAAUUGUGACUGGUCCACAGACACAACACCUUGCCACAGAUAUUGAUUCCGCUACAGAUGUAUUAUCAACUCAACAAAAAAGUCUUCAACCUCCACCACUGUCUUAUGCUGAAUCUGAAGACAAACAUCUUUUUAAUAUCAACGAUGAAGAUGGUAAUGAACACAGCAUGGGAGAAACAUCAUUCAAACCUCAAUACACUUACUAUGCUUGGAAAGAAUCUGCUUUUACGCAUUUUUAAUAAUAUUGUGGGUUUAGCAGCUUUGUGCAUCCUAGUUUGGUUGAAUGGUGUAAAUAAACUGAAUACCAUGAAACGAUGAUUGUCGUACGGUUUACAGAUUUGAAUCUAUAUUGAGAACUACUAAAUCAUCUUAAAGACUACUGCAGUUUAUGUCUUCCCAUAUACUAUCAUGCACUUGUCUGGCUUUUUUCUUUUUUGUUCUAUAUUGUUUUUGUAAAUCAUCAAUUCUUCAUGACAUAUGCCAUACUCUUCUUCAAAAUUUUGCACUUCAUUCAUACUUUUUUUUAAGUUUCUGUUGCAAAAAGAA